GUGAAGUCGCUUUGAAGCACCGGGUGACCUGGCCCUGACUGGCUUAGCUGACAUGCGACUAAGGAAGUUUGCCAUCGCCUAUGCGGCAACCUUCGGGAGCGCUCGAGCCCUGGGAACGCCAGCAGUGAGCCUACGGGUGACGAAACACAAAAUGACCUCAGGAUUUCUGUAAUUCAGCAAGGGACGGCAACACUUCGGAAAGCAAAGAAAACCACUGUAAAAACAUGUCUAGAUAACCCUUUUGUUUUCCAGUGGAAAACCAUAGAUGGAGAAGAUAUGCAUUUUAUACUAGAGACCUUAGAAGAAAGGAUUAAACACAUUGGACUUAAAAAGAUUGAGAGUCCAAGAAAGAAAAAACGUUCCCUUACAAAAAAACAAACAGAAGGAAAGUGUGAUGCUGGCACCAAUGAUUUCCCUAAAGAGGAAGCAGAAAGCCACCAACAAAAACCAGGAUGGACUGACAUAAGUAUCAGAAGACAGCUUGCUAUUGGAGUUAAUGAAGUUACAAAAGCAUUGGAAAAAAAUGAACUUCUUCUCUUGCUGGUGUGCAAGUCUGCCAAACCCGCCAUGAUCACGUCGCACCUGAUCGAGCUGAGCGCGAGCCGCGCCACGCCGGCAGGGCAGGUGCCGCGGCUCAGCGACACCGUCGCGCCCCUCCUCGGCCUGACGUCCAUCUUAGCACUCGGCUUCAAAAAGCACUCUGACAAAUUCACUGAGGCAAUAGCAGCCAUAAUUCCAAAGAUACCGGCCUUGGAAGUGCCCUGGUUCCAGUACAGAACUGAAGAACCCGUGGCUUAUGCAGAUACAGAUUCUUCAGACAAUCUGGAACCUGAAGAGCUUGCAGAGGUGCUGGAGGAUAAGCUCACAAGUCAGAAGCGGAAGCAUAAGGAAAGCAAUCAGCCUGAUCUUUCAAAUGUAAUUUUGCAGCCUUUGAAAAUCAAGAAACUUGUCCCAAAUCCCAAUAAGAUAAAGAAACCACCUCGCAAAAAGAAAAAGGCCUUUUCAGCAUAACUGAGUUUGGUUCUUUCUAUUAAAUAGAGUUUUAAAUGCUGGAUGGAGUACAGUUCUAACAGUUCUUUUAGGCUUUACAGUGUAAAGGUCUUGAAUACAAGGUAAACUUCAUGUUGCACUUGAGGUACUUUCUGCUUUAAUAAAAAAUAUUCCUCAGA